UUCAAUGCGAUUUAAAGAAGAUUACGGAGGGAUAACGCUGAAUGAGAUUGAGCUAAAGCCUAAUGCAACUACUGAGAUAAAAGUUGUCCACAAAGGACAUCAAAAACUAUCCUCCUUUUUGACUGAAGUGUUCCUACCUCAAGGCUACCCAAGCUCAGUCAGCAAGGACUACUUAACCUAUCAGUUUUGGGAUACCUUACAGGAGUUGUGUUCAUCACUGAAUGGUACUUUAGCAUCACAUGCUAUCUUCAAAGGAAUGGGUGUAGGGAACAGCCAAGCUAGUGCUUUGGGAGCUACAUACACUUGGUUAAUGAAAGAUGGCACAGGAAUGCUCUCUAACAUACUGUUUGCUUGGUCUAAAGGAACUGUACUUGAUAUAGAUGCUAAAAGGUGGAGACUAUUUGCUGAUGUCCUCAACGAUGUAGCUAUGUUCUUGGACCUUCUUUCCCCCUUGGCACCACCCUAUUUGUUCACAGCUGCCAUGUGCUGCACUUCAGUUUUCAGGAGUCUGGUAGGAGUAGCAGGAGGGUGUACCCGCGCAACGAUCAAACAGCACCAAGCACAGUGCAAUAACACGGCUGAUGUGAGCGCUAAGGACGGUAGUCAGGAGAAAUUGUCAGGACUUCUUGGAUUGCUCCUCAGCAUGACUCUCAUCAACUUCAUCUCGCUUUCUCCUAUCGUUACUUGGAUAACGUUCACUUUCCUAACUGUCCUUCAUCUUUAUUUUAACUACCGAGCAUGCAGCUGUCUGGUUAUGAAAUCUCUAAAUCCUUCAAGAUACUGUGUUUUGCUUAAACAUUGGUUUGAAGAUGGAACCGUGUUAAAUCCUGAACAGGCUAACUCUGAGGAACCCUUCAUUUUAGGUUUUAGAGGGGAACAAAUUAUGGUUGGGGCAUCGCUUAAAGAUCUAAAGCUGAGCUUUGAUUCGACUACUGACAUGGAAAUAAAUCAGUCCUUUUAUAUAAUAUAUCAUCAUAAAGGCAAGAUGAAUAUAUGUUUGAGAUCUGGUUGCAACCACUCAGAUCAAAUUGAGUCCUAUUAUUUCGCUUACAAAGCUGCCCAAUCUUCACACUCUCCGGUUAUCCUCCCUACCACUGAGAAAAUGGCUGAGUACAAGGAAUUUAUCUCCUGCUUAACGAACAGAGGAUGGGAUCUCUCCUUUGCUCCCCUGGGGGCCACACAACUCCGGUAUUCUGCUAGCUCCUAGUACCCUGGGGGCCACACAACUCCGGUAUUCUGCUAGCUCCUAGUAUCCUGGGGGCCACACAACUCCGGUAUUCUGCUAGCUCCUAGUACCCUGGGGGCCACACAACUCCGGUAUUCUGCUAGCUCCUAGUAUUCUGGGGGCCACACAACUCCGGUAUUCUGCUAGCUCCUAGUACCCUGGGGGCCACACAACUCCGGUAUUCUGCUAGCUCCUAGUAUCCUGGGGGCCACACAACUCCAGUAUUCUGCUAGCUCCUAGUACCCUGGGGGCCACACAACUCCGGUAUUCUGCUAGCUCCUAGUAUUCUGGGGGCCACACAACUCCGGUAUUCUGCUAGCUCCUAGUACCCUGGGGGCCACACAACUCCGGUAUUCUGCUAGCUCCUAGUAUUCUGGGGGCGACACAACUCCGGUAUUCUGCUAGCUCCUAGUAUCCUGGGGGCCACACAACUCCGGUAUUCUGCUAGCUCCUAGUACCCUGGGGGCCACACAACUCCGGUAUUCUGCUAGCUCCUAGUAUCCUGGGGGCCACACAACUCCGGUAUUCUGCUAGCUCCUAGUAUUCUGGGGGCCACACAACUCCGGUAUUCUGCUAGCUCCUAGUAUCCUGGGGGCGACACAACUCCGGUAUUCUGCUAGCUCCUAGUAUCCUGGGGGCCACACAACUCCGGUAUUCUGCUAGCUCCUAGUAUCUGGGGGCCACACAACUCCGGUAUUCUGCUAGCUCCUAGUAUCCUGGGGGCCACACAACUCCGGUAUUCUGCUAGCUCCUAGUAUCUGGGGGCCACACAACUCCGGUAUUCUGCUAGCUCCUAGUACCCUGGGGGCCACACAACUCCGGUAUUCUGCUAGCUCCUAGUAUCCUGGGGGCGACACAACUCCGGUAUUCUGCUAGCUCCUAGUACCCUGGGGGCCACACAACUCCGGUAUUCUGCUAGCUCCUAGUAUCCUGGGGGCCACACAACUCCGGUAUUCUGCUAGCUCCUAGUACCCUGGGGGCCACACAACUCCGGUAUUCUGCUAGCUCCUAGUAUCCUGGGGGCCACACAACUCCGGUAUUCUGCUAGCUCCUAGUAUCCUGGGGGCCACACAACUCCGGUAUUCUGCUAGCUCCUAGUAUCCUGGGGGCCACACAACUCCGGUAUUCUGCUAGCUCCUAGUAUCCUGGGGGCCACACAACUCCGGUAUUCUGCUAGCUCCUAGUAUCCUGGGGGCCACACAACUCCGGUAUUCUGCUAGCUCCUAGUACCCUGGGGGCCACACAACUCCGGUAUUCUGCUAGCUCCUAGUACCCUAGGGGCCACACAACUCCGGUAUUCUGCUAGCUCCUAGUAUGCUGGGGGCCACACAACUCCGGUAUUCUGCUAGCUCCUAGUAUUCUGGGGGCCACACAACUCCGGUAUUCUGCUAGCUCCUAGUAUCCUGGGGGCCACACAACUCCGGUAUUCUGCUAGCUCCUAGUAUUCUGGGGGCCACACAACUCCGGUAUUCUGCUAGCUCCUAGUAUCCUGGGGGCGACACAACUCCGGUAUUCUGCUAGCUCCUAGUAUCCUGGGGGCCACACAACUCCGGUAUUCUGCUAGCUCCUAGUAUCCUGGGGGCCGACACAACUCCGGUAUUCUGCUAGCUCCUAGUACCCUGGGGGCCACACAACUCCGGUAUUCUGCUAGCUCCUAGUACCCUGGGGGCCACACAACUCCGGUAUUCUGCUAGCUCCUAGUAUCCUGGGGGCCACACAACUCCGGUAUUCUGCUAGCUCCUAGUAUCCUGGGGGCCACACAACUCCGGUAUUCUGCUAGCUCCUAGUAUCCUGGGGGCCACACAACUCCGGUAUUCUGCUAGCUCCUAGUA